UAAUAACUUUUCCUUCUUUCAAUCUGUACAGUCAAAACUAUUCCACUGAAACCACGUCGCACAUCGUGAACACUCAUCCUCACCCUACCCCCAACAACAAUCUCAUCUUUCCUACUCAACAAUCAACCCACACAAACAUACACCCAACCACCAACCUUGACAAACAACCAAAAUGUCCACUAUCCACUGGCCCCACCGCUUCCUCCCCGGCACAACCGAAAACUUCGUCUCCAACGAAAUCUACGUCCCCCAGUUAACCGCCUCCCGGGUAUGGCCGAACCUCAUCACCCCAUCGCGAUGGACAUCCUACUACAGCAACGUGGACGAAGUAACACCUCCUCCAACCAGCGACGCAACGUUCCAAAACCCCGGUGACAAGUUCAGCUUCGCGACGUUCGGAUUCCCGCCCCUGCAAGCAGAGAUCUGCGAAUGCGUAGCGCCCACAGCAAACUCACCCGGCCGGUUGGCGUGGCGCGCAUGGCAGGAAGGGGACGAGGAGACGGCCCUGGAGGUGUAUCAUGCGUGGAUAGUGGAGGAUAUGAAGUGGGGAGUGGUGAGGAUUUUGACGCAGGAGGUGCAGGCGGGAAAGCCGGCUGCUGGGUUGGCGGAGAAGAAGCCGAAUCCGAUGCUUUUGGGACAUCAGGAGUGGGUGGAUGGGUUGGCGAGGUUUAGUUUGGAGAAUUGAUUAAUUCAUUAGUAGGGGAUUUAUCCCUGUACAUUGUGCGCAGGUUCAAUGGGGAUGGUUUCGUGUUUCCUUACAUUCUUUGGUAAAGGCUGCGGCUACGGUUGGAUGGUAAUGAAGCUUAUGGGAUGGUUGAAAGAGACCCUGGCAUGUUCCUUUAUCCCUUGCAGAUAGUAUGUAGACUGGCGUAGAGCCUCAUUGGCGGAAUGUGGAUGCAUGCCGAUCGCCAGGCAGCCGCGCAGGCAGAAGUGCUGCCAAGCUGCCAGCUGGGGGAGUAUAAAAUCAUUGAGGAUAUGGUCUGGGCUUGAGGCAGCCAACAUC